AAUAAAAAGACCUCCAUGCCCCUUCUCCCGCGUUCGCGUUGUGUCUCUUUUGCUCCCGUAGGUUGAUUUAUUGUCGUCACAUAUAAACACUCCGAAGCCGGGAAGUACCCCAAUAUACUCGGCGUAGGAGACCUAGACGCUCGAUUCCUAUUACUAGACGCCUUCUUCUAAAGAGAAAGUAUCAAGAUGGCGAGCCUCCUUUCCGCCGCCGUGUUCGUCACUGCCGUUCGGGCCCUGGCCUUCGAUGGAAAGCCACCCAAGGCAACCGAUGCCGUUGUGCCCAACCCGACGUUCCAGUUCCCUCAGAUUACUUUACCCCCAAGUAUUCACGAAUUGGCCAAGAGACAAAAUGGGCAGACAGUUCUCAUAGGGCCAGACAACACCUGUGGAUUUGUAAAUGGACGAGCUGGUGCUGCGUUUACCUGUAAUGGUGCGGAUAUGACUUGCGCCCUUGUCACUUCAGCAUCGUACGGCGCAGUUGCUUGCUGUGAUGGCAAUGAUUGCGGUGUCCGAGUCGGAUGCGUGGACUACCAAGAUUACGCAUUUUCGAGCGCUUGUGAUUAUGGCUGUUUACAAGACACUUAUACCGUCAAAUGCACAAACAUCGCAGCUCCAUAUUGCGGAACAGUUACAUUUCCUGAGGUCCCAGGCGUCGAGGACUACUUCUGCGACUCAGACAGCAUUUCAUCACCACAAACACUCUACACCACCUACAGCGGCGAGUCCGACGGCCGAUCCUUCACGCCUGUCGUCGUAACGCUAUCAGACGACUCGUCCACGACACGCGCAACAACUGGCUCCAACCCAACUUCCGGCGGCAGCAGCGGCAGCGACAACGACGACAGCAGCAGCGCAACCGGGGGCGCCGGCGCGACCAGCGGCGGAAGCUCCUCGGGCUCGGGCUCUACCUCCCGCGGCUCCAGCUCGUCGACCAACAUCGGCGCCAUCGCCGGCGGCGUCGUAGGCGGCGUUGCCGGCCUCGCCCUAAUCGGCCUCGGCAUCUUCUUCCUCGUCCGCCACAACAAGAAGAAGAAGCAGAACAUCACGGGCCCGCCCCCCGCAGCAGGCCAGAUGGCGCAAGCACCCGGCGGCCCCACCGACCCCUCCCAGCCACCCGCCGCCGCGUACAACCCGCACUACAGCCAGCAGCAGUACCCGCCCCAACAACAACCACCAAACUCGCCCCCGGGCUACCCCCCGCAAAACGGGUACUACCCGGACCCGAACAAGCCCGCCGGCUUCGCCGCCGCCCACCUGCCCGACCGCAACGACUCCACCAGCCCCCUGUCCCAGUUCACCGACAACCGGCAGAGCGUGCAGCAGCCGCCGCCCACGAGCCCCAGCACGACCAUCAACUCUAGCUGGCAGCAGCAGCAGCAGCAGCAGCCCGGCGCUUACGGGGCGCCGCCGCAGCAGAAUAUUGUUGGUGCGAAUGGUAACGGGGCGCCUAAUACGGUCCCGGCGAACGUCCACGAAGCGGGUGGGAAUGUGGUGGGCGAGAGGGAUUAUAACUCGAAUCAUCAUGGGCAGUUCCAUGAGUUGGGUUAA